AAACCACUUCCUAGAUUACCGGUUCCAGAUUUACAUAAUACACUAGAUAGAUAUUUACGAUUAAUAGCACCAGUUGUUUCAAAAGAAGAUUUUGAACGAACUAAAUUAUUAGUUGAAGAAUUCGGCAAAUCUGGUGGAGAAGGAGAAGAACUACAAAAUUUACUUAAACAAUAUGCAAAGACAAAGAUCAGUUGG